GUAUUGACGUUGUUAUGCUAUAAAGUCUCAUAGCUAGACAUACAGCCCACCAUCAAUUCUCCCAACGCGUGCUCUUCUCUUGACUGCCCGUUAUCAUAACGCAGAAACCCCAAUGCACAUUAAACUCGCCGCCAUCACGCCUCGCAUAAACUCAAUUUCCAUAAUCCAAAUUUCAUCAAUUUACACCGCGAGCAGUCGACCUCGACAUCUGCUUCAUAAAAUGGCGCAGAGCAAAAAGACAAGUGCGGACACAGAGACGGCGAAGACGCCACCGAGCGCGGUGCGAAGGGGGCAGCCACCUGCGGAAGAUGACGGAGCGCCAGCGGCACGUCGACAGCGUCGUCGUCUGGACGCCGAGCCAGAUCGACUAUGCAGGUAGGCUAAACCAGAAGAUGGAUUUGUGGCUGGUGAGCCCGAAUGCUCGGAAGACUAAGGAGAGUCCCGGGCGUGCCCGCAGACCCAGCUUGGGUGACAGAGGUUGCAUGGAAGGAGAACGAGCGAAGGAGGAAGGGAAUGGGUGACGGGGACAAAACCGUCUUGUAGGUUCGGCAAAAUCUUGAGCUACG